AACCUUGGGUGGGGCACAAAGUCGCCAGAGGUUUCCGUUCAGGUUUCCGAAGUGGGACAGGGGCAUUAGGAUGUGGGAGGGAAAUGGAGCACUCGUGGAAACUCGUGCGGUCACAGGGAGAACGUGCAAACUUCCCACAGACAGCACUCGAGGUCAGGAUUGAACCCGGGUCUCUGGCGCCGUGAGGCAGCGGCUCCACCAGCUGUGGCACUUGUUGAGUUUGGUUCACUGCCCAAGACUAUAGAGGGAAAUAUCAUCAGGCUGUCGAGAUAUUUUUUAUCGUCUAUUAGCACCUCCAUUGAUCAAACAUAACGGCAGGAAUUAGUUAACAAGGAAGGAUGCUCCCUACUUAUAAGUCCGGUAAGGGCUGUGAGUGUACCACAUGACUCCUGAUCAGGUUUUGUCUGAGACAGUUUACACGUGCAGCAGUUCACCUUCAAGAGCAUUAGGAAAAGACUUUGCUGAUGGCAGUAAAAAUGACUAAAGCACCCUCUGUGUUUACAGGAGCAGCGGGAUGACUUAGACCUGGUGUGCGCCCGGGCGGCAGUGUUACCUGCAUUUAUCCGGCGGAGUUCUCUGACCGGCAGAAGUCACCAAGAUGAACAAGGAAGACGUGGAGAAAUUUCUGGAUGCCAAUCCCGCAUUCACCAAGCAGUACUUCGAUAAGAAGCUUCCUCCAGAAACCGUGGCUCAGAUCCUGCCCACGAAAGACUCCGCUGCCGAUAUCACGACCUUCCAGGAAAUUAGCCAAGUGGAAGAGGCAGAGAUUCUCUUUGAUCUCAUCCGCGACAUGCAGGAGAGCGUCAACAUGGAAAAGGUGGUGUUCAAAACUUUAAGGAGGGUCUGUGUUCUGAUCCACGCCGAUCGAAUGAGUCUGUUCAUGUACCGGCAGAGGAAUGGCAUAGGGGAGUUGGCCACUAGGCUGUUCAACAUAAACAAGGAUGCUGAGAUGGAAGAUUGUUUUGUCCAUCCAGAACAUGAGAUUGUCUUUCCACUGGACAUGGGCAUUGUAGGGAAUGUGGCGCAGACGAAGAAAACUGUUAACGUCCGCAACGUGCGGGAGUCCAGCUUUUACAGCAUGUAUGUGGACAAACUGACAGAAUAUGAAACAAAGAGCGUGCUUGCAACCCCUAUCAUGAAUGGCAAGGACAUGGUCGCUGUGAUAAUGGCAACCAAUAAAACAAAUGGAUCUUAUUUCACUGAAGAUGAUGAAGAUCUUUUCUUGAAAUACCUCAAUUUUGCCAGUUUGAACCUCAAGAUCUAUCAUCUGAACUAUCUUCACAACUGUGAAACUAGAAGAGGCCAGGUUCUUCUCUGGUCAGCUAACAAAGUGUUUGAGGAGCUGACAGAUAUUGAACGACAGUUUCACAAGGCUCUUUACACAGUGAGAGCCUACCUGAACUGUGAGAGAUACUCCGUUGCACUGCUGGACAUGACCAAGGAAAAGGAAUUCUUUGACCUAUGGCCUGAACAGAUGGGUGAAGUUCCUCCCUACAAAGGUCCCAGAACACCUGAUGGCAGAGAAAUAAUCUAUCACAAAAUCAUUGACUACUUUCUACACGGGAAGGAGGAGAUUAAGGUCAUUCCGACUCCUCCUGCUGACCACUGGUCCUUGGUUAGUGGACUGCCAACUUACGUUGCAGAAAAUGGCUUAAUUUGCAAUAUCAUGAAUGCAGCAACUGAAGAUACAUUCACCUUCCAGACUGAACCUUUGGAUAGUUUUGGGUGGACAAUCAAAAAUGUCCUUUCCAUGCCAAUAGUAAACAAAAAGGAAGAGAUUGUUGGAAUCGCCACAUUUUACAACAGGAAAGAUGGGAAACCUUUUGAUGAAAUGGAUGAGGUUCUUAUGGAAUCCUUGACCCAGUUCCUGGGCUGGUCUGUUCUCAACACGGACACAUACGAUAAAAUGAGCAAGCUUGAACAUCGAAAGGACAUUGCCCAAGGAAUGGUGCUCUAUCAUGUGAAAUGCAGCAAGGAAGAAAUUCAGGACAUAUUGCCAACUAGGGAAUAUUUUGGAAAAGAACCCAACGAAUGUGAUGAGCAAGAAUUGCAAGAAAUCUUGGACAAGCAACUUCCGGCAGCAGAAGAUUUUGACAUUUAUGAAUUCAGUUUUAGUGAUCUUGAACAUGCUGAGAUGGAUCUUGUGCGGUGUGGCAUUCAGAUGUACUACGAAUUAAAAGUGGUGAACAAAUUCCACAUUCCACGUGAGGUGCUAGUCCGAUUCAUUUACUCGUUAAGUAAAGGAUAUCGAAGAAUUACCUACCACAAUUGGCGCCAUGGAUUUAACGUUGGCCAAACCAUGUUCACGCUUAUGAUGACCGGUAAAUUGAAAAACUAUUAUACAGACCUGGAAAGAAUGGCCAUGUUAACUGCGGGUUUUUGCCAUGACAUUGAUCACAGGGGAACCAACAACUUGUACCAGCUGAAGUCCCAGCACCCAUUGGCUAAACUCCAUGGUUCUUCAAUCAUGGAACGUCACCACUUGGAGUUCAGCAAGACUUUACUUGCUGAUGAGACACUGAACAUAUUCCAGAACUUGAACAGGAGACAGUAUGAACACGUCCUACGCCUGAUGGACAUCGCUAUCAUUGCUACAGACUUGGCUCUCUAUUUUAAAAAGAGAACAAUGUUUCAAAAAAUUGUCGACCUCUCCAAAACGUACGAGGAUGACAAAGCGUGGGUGGACUAUAUGUCUCUGGAGAAUACCAAGAAGGAAAUAGUAAUGGCCAUGAUGAUGACAGCAUGUGACUUGUCAGCCAUUACGAAACCCUGGGAGGUUCAGAGCAAGGUGGCUCUGUUAGUAGCAGCGGAAUUCUGGGAACAGGGAGACUUGGAACGGUCUGUAUUGCAACAAAAUCCUAUUCCUAUGAUGGACAGGAAUAAAUCUGAUGAGCUUCCCAAGCUUCAAGUUGGUUUCAUUGACUUUGUGUGCACAUUUGUCUACAAGGAAUUCUCUCGCUUUCACGAGGCUAUCACACCAAUGCUCAAUGGUCUGCUCAACAACAGGAAAGAAUGGAAAGCUCUCGCUGAUGAAUAUGACUUGAAAGUAAAAGCUCUGAUGGAAGCCAAAAAUCAGAAAGCAGAAGAGCUAGAAGCAAAGAAAGCCGCCACUGCUGCUGCUGAAGCAGAGAAAGCUCAAUCGAAAACCUGUUGUGUGUGUUAGCCUUGUGGUUCCUCGCUGCCUCUCUCUUCAGUAGUCACAAUGACGAGACUGCACGAACUGUACGGAAGUGACAUCUGUUUAUCCAGUGACUUGUGCUUGGAUUCUAGUGUCAAGGAAUGACCAGGCGAUGAGACCAGCCUGCGGUAACGGGAUUAACUCAUUACAAUGGUAAAUCUGUUGUGUGUGGCACUUGUGCUUUAGUUCCUACUAUGUACAUCAUAAUAUAUUUUGAAACAAAUAAAAAUGGGGAACUUCCCAAGUUUUGUGGUGAUGGAACUCGAUGGACAGCAGCUCAAAAUAAGUUCAGUUCUAAGCAAUAUUCUGUUUCUUUGGUGACGGUGAGAAUAAAUAUUGAGUAGGAAGUACAAAAGGUCAAUGUGCUACUGUCCCAUUUGCUCUGCCAUCCCAAAUAACUGCUUCCAUCGAGAAGGAAUAUCUUCCGAUCACAAAAUUUCAUUUAAACUUUUGAUGAAUAAACAAAUAAUACCUGCAUGUACAAGCGGUAAUAGAAACUACACCUUUCAGUGUGUUUUUACUCAAAUAGCUUUGAUCCAUCAUUGUUUUUUAACAAUUUAUUCAACUUUAGUGUUCAAACAAGCAUGCAAAAUAACAUUGGGGUUAUAAAUCAUAAUAAAAUCAUUGAACUAUCAUUUUCCAACAUGGGAUUUUAAGUAUGUAAUUCCUUUAGUCAAAUGUGAAUCUGGAAGGCAGGAUGCAACUGAGUUGUUACAGAUAUUGCAAUAAUGACGCCUUGUGAUCAACUUGAUUGUGUUGUUGCAUUAUUACUCCAUUAAAAUGCUUUAAAGU